GUGAGGCCACGCCCACAUCCUAGUGUGGCCUCCGCUGAUUGGUCAGCGACGCACUGAAAGCAGGAACUGAGGGUCGUGGGAUUUUGAGAGAAACAGUCAGCUGCUGUCAUGUACGUGGUUUUUAAUGACAGGUGAUGAAGAAACAUGGAUCAGCUUGUCAGGGCUCUGUUACUGCUCUUCUUAGUGCAGUUACCGGCUUCAUUUGAUGCGCCCAGUGGAGAUGGUGGAGGAUGGGGACUGGGUUCCAGUAUUGAAGAUGAAGGCGAGUGCAACAUUGAGAUCAGAGAUGUGAACUCAAUAACACACACACAGUUUAUUAAAGAGUAUGCUUAUGCAAAACCAGUUAUACUCCGAGGACUCACAGAUAACACAAAGUUCCGUUUCCUGUGUUCCAAAUCCAAUCUGUUGAGAGAGUAUGGAGGGAAAACGGUCCGUCUCAGCACAGCCAAUACACACUCAUACAGGAAAGUGGAUGUGCAGUUUGAAGAGUUUGUGAAGUUCCUGUUGACCCCUCAGCCUGAAGACACACUGGGCAGUGAUACGCUGUACUUCUUUGGGGACAAUAACUUCACGGAGUGGCAUUCUCUGUUUGAGGAGUAUAAAGCGCCACCUUUUUCUCUUCCACUCAUGCUUCCUGCAUAUAGCUUUGGGAUUGCUGGACCAAGGACUGGUGUCCCGUUUCACUGGCACGGUUCCGGCUACUCUGAAGUUAUCUAUGGCAGGAAGCGUUGGUUUCUUUACCCUCCUGAUGAUGCACCCGAGUUCCAUCCCAACCACACCACACUCUCCUGGGUCUCUCUGUCCUACCCAAACCUGGAGCUCCACCAGAGGCCCCUGGAGUGCACCAUACGACCCGGAGAGGUGCUGUAUUUUCCAGAUCGUUGGUGGCAUGCAACUCUAAAUCUGGACACCAGCGUCUUCAUUUCAACAUUUCUGGGGUGAAGACUGAUAUGGUGGACACACACCAUGUGCAUUUGACUUGAAGGACCGAACAAGGAUUCGUUGUUCAGAGGACCAAAUCAGAGGAGUUUGACUCAGUUUGAGCAAAACAGAAAGCCAAGCCAUUCGUCCGUAAACUUGAGCAAUGUUUUUUAAUAGAAGCUGCUUUUAA